AUGCGGGCCCCGCGCCUGGCAGACCGCCUGAGAGCCGCGCUGCUGAGAGCCGCCUUCCCCGACCUCGAGCGCGCCCUCUCCCGGGGCGCCGCCGGCAGACUGCGCCCACGGGGCGGCCAUCCCCGCCGCGUGCCCGCAGCGAUGGCGGACAACGAGCGCAGCAAGAAGCGCCACAGGGUGUCGUCGCCCGACCUCAACGACCGCAGGCCCAGGAGCGGCCACACGUACAAGGUGCCCGGGUACGGGAACUCCCCGUACGUGGUGUCGGAGUACGAGUUCGAGGUGCCGCUGGACUAUUCAGGUCACGUGCCCGGCAGGAUAAAAAUCUUCGCGAGAGAGGUGGUGGCCCAGAACAAGAUGUGCCAGCAGCUGCCCUACCUGCUGUACCUCCAAGGGGGCCCUGGGUUCGCGGCGACGCUGCCCAUCGACGGCGGAGCGUGGCUGCGCACCGCUGCCAACUCAUUUCGUGUCGUGUUGCUCGAUCAGAGGGGCACGGGGCGCUCAGACCCAGUGACCUGCCGCAACUUGACAAAGAAGGGAACGCCGAAGCAGCAAGCGGACUAUCUGAAAUUCUUUAGGGCAGACAGCAUAGUAAGGGAUGCAGAGUAUGUGCGUGAGGCUCUGGUGCCAAGGGAUGGAUCUUCCAAGGGGAAAUGGAGCAUCCUGGGGCAGUCGUUUGGUGGCUUCUGUGCUGUUCACUACCUAUCUGCAGCUCCUCAAGGGCUUGCAGAAGUGAUGAUAACAGCUGGCAUUCCCCCCCGGAUAGAAGAAGAUAACCCUGCUGAUGAAACGUACGAGGCACUAUUCGAGAGGGUCAUCAAACAGAACAAAACUUUCUAUGAGCGCUUUCCACAGGAUGUUAAAGCUGUCCAGGACAUUGUCCUGCACCUCAGCAAACAGCCCAAAGGUGGCGUGAAGCUACCAGGAGGGUCAUUCCUCACACCAAGGAGCUUCCAGUUACUUGGUGUGGGCCUGGGAUUUCUGGGUGGCCUUGAGCGAAUGCAUUACCUUAUUGAGUCAGCCUUUGACGGUGGGGAGCUGAGCUUGAAGUUUUUAAAGGGAUUCGAGGGUUGGAUGAGCUGGGAGACAAACCCCUUGUAUGCAUUACUGCAUGAGCCGAUCUACAGCCAAGGGCCUGGAGCUGCUUGGGCGGCCCAUCGAAUUCGGAAGGAGAAGUAUGACAGCAUGUUCGAUGCUGUUAAGUGUGCCUCAAAAGGAGACCCAGUCUACUUUACUGGAGAGAUGGUGUUCCCGUGGAUGUUUGACGACUUUGUGGAGCUGAGGCCGCUGAAGGAAACUGCAGAUCUAGUGGCAAAGCACAACAGCUGGUCACGGCUCUAUGACAUCGACACUCUUCGCUGCAACAAAGUGCCUGUGGCUGCUGUUGCAUAUUUUGAGGACAUGUACGUUGACUUUAACCUUGCCAAGAAGUCCGCCGACCACAUCGAAGGGCUGCGGUUGUGGGUGACGAGCGAUUACUUACACUCGGGAAUUCGGGACGAUGGCACUAAAAUUUUUGAGAGGCUCAUGGGCAUGGUUCGGGACAAUAUUCUUUUGACCUAG